CGUCGUCGAUUUCCCGCGAACAAAGACUGGCCGACCGGCGAGCUAGGUUUGCGAACCGCGUCCCCAAAAGGGACAGACAGACGAAUCCAUAAAGGAAGAGGUAGGGGAACGCGCUCGGCUCGGCGAGCUAGGGGCCUCGGAUUGAUCGCGCGCGCGGAAGAGAAUUAUGAGCGAGCGACGUCGCUUAGCGUGCUGCUGUCAUCGUCGUCGUCGUCGUCGCCCCCGUCCCGCGGCCGCCGCCGGUUAUUCCACGAUCGAAGAAGGCUUUUGACACGAGCGCAACGUGCGCGCGAACCGUCAUCGUCAUCGUCGACGCUACCGUUAGAUACUAGACAGCGAGACGAGAAUCGUCGCCAGCCAGGCAGGAUGAACGGCUUCAGCACCGGCGAGGAGGACUCCCGGGGAGCGGCGGAUCAGAUCUGUUGCCUCGUCGAUGAGGGCGAGCGAUGCUCCCGCCCGGCCGGCAACGCGUCCUACAGCAAACGUAUCCAGAAAACCGUCACUCAACGGCGGCUCAAGCUUAAUCUCGAUCACAUGGCAAGACAUAUAUACAUCUGUGAUUAUCACAAGCAAGUGAUCCAAUGCGCGAGGACAAAGCAGCAGCAGCAACGUAGGCGCAAGGAUUCUGAAGAGGAUUCCGGUGAAACUGACAACGAUCUCCCAGAAGUUGAUCUCUUCCAAUUGCAAGUCGGUACUUUGAGACGGUACAAAAGGCACUAUAAAGUUCCCACACGUCCUGGUCUUAACAAAGCUCAGUUAGCAGAUACCCUCAUGAAGCAUUUUAAGACCAUCCCUGUAGUGGAGAAGGAAGCCCUAAGUUUUUUCAUAUAUACUGUUAAGACCAAUGCAAAUAAAUUAGAUCAAAAAAACGGUUUGAGUAGUAGUGAUACAACGUAGCGUGAUCAGAAAAUUUCCCAUGUCACUAUUGUAAUAUUACAAAUUAGUUACGUGAUAAGUAUAUCAAUUUUUACUUGUUAAUACAUACAUGUAUUUUAUAAGAAACUGUGUAUAUAAAGUAUAUAUUAUGUAUAUAUAUUAUUAGUAUAUAUAUACACGCACACAAAGCAUGUAUAUACAUACAUAUAUACGCACAUAUAUAAUUAUAAAAAUUUUAUAUAUGUAUAUAUCUGUAUGGGUAUAUGUAUUCUCCAAUACAUCAAACCAUUCACUAUUUUAUUUUAUCUUUCUUUCGUCGCACAUUUCAUAUAAAUAUAGUAGAUUUUAAAUAAUAUAAAAUUGUGCGUGCGAGUUGCUGGCGGUUUCGUUUUAGAAAUUGCGAGCGACAAUAUAUUUUGGAAAAAAUUUCAUGAAGAGAAGCAGUUAUUAUAAAAUAAACAAGACAUCUAUGAAACCAAUGCGUUUUUUUUUAUAUGUAUAUCUUUACCUUUAUUGAAAAAAAGAACCAAAUACAUAGAAUAUACGAUCUAUUGUUUUGGGAUCUCGAUCAUCCCUGUUACAUUUAAAGUAUAUGAAUAUAUGUAUACAAGCAAGGAGACAAGUCUAGUGCACUGUACAAUGCUCAUUCUGCUCUUGAUUUUUAUUCAAGAAAAAUCUGUAAGAAAGGAUAAUAUGCUUUUUGUGCAUGUCUUCUUGAUGCUUGUUCAUUAGUAAUAAUCUCCAUUUAUUACUAAUUACAUAUUAUCAUUAUUAAUUCGCUUUAAAAUUUCGAAUUUUUUGAUAAAAAUUGUUAUUCUCCUAUGGGAAUAAUAAAUUAUAAAUAGAAAUAUAUAAAUUUCAUAAAAAUAUUUACAGUGGGUAGACAAAAUAUUUCAAACAUGUUUUUUUUU